CGUAGUCUUUUGUUCUAUGCCCAUUUAAAAGAAUGGUGAUGCCAACUCUAUGCAAUAUUUUUCAGCAGCCCAUGAUAUUCUUCUUCUCUGAAAUGGAGAGCACUGACUCGUCGACAGGCUCCCAGCAGCCUAAUCUCCCACCAGGAUUCAGGUUCCAUCCCACGGAUGAAGAACUAGUUGUACACUAUCUCAAGAAAAAGGCUACCUCAGCUCCUCUGCCUGUUGCAAUCAUUGCAGAAGUUGAUUUGUAUAAGUUUGAUCCAUGGGAAUUACCAGCUAAGGCCACGUUUGGUGAGCAAGAAUGGUACUUUUUUAGUCCCAGAGACAGGAAGUAUCCGAAUGGAGCGAGGCCUAACAGGGCGGCUACUUCAGGUUACUGGAAGGCUACCGGAACCGAUAAGCCGGUAUUGACCUCAGGAGGGAGUCAAAAGGUUGGUGUGAAGAAGGCACUGGUGUUCUACGGUGGGAAGCCCCCUAAAGGGAUCAAAACCAGUUGGAUCAUGCAUGAAUAUAGGCUUGCUGAUAAUAAAACUAACAACAAACCCCCUGGAUUUGACUUGGGCUACAAGAAAAACUCACUAAGGCUUGAUGAUUGGGUGCUAUGUCGAAUCUAUAAGAAAAACAACACACAUAGACCUCUGGAUCAUGAUAAAGAUGACUCCAUGGAUGACAUAGUUGGGCCAGUACCACCUUCAAUAUCAAUUGGUAGCCAACAUAAUGCAAAAUUUCAAUUCCCAACAAAGGGCGAAAGUUUUGGCACAUUGCUUGAAAAUCAAGAGCAUAGCCUGUUUGAAGGCACGAUGGGCAGUGAUGGGAUUAACAAUGGUUCUAUGUGUCAGCUGGGAUGUUCAAGCUCAAGGCCAGUCCUGUCUAUGGUUAAUCCUGUCAAAAGGACUCUCCCAUCACUUUACUGGACGGAUGAGGACACAGCGGGUCCUUCUACAAGCAAGAGAUUUCAUGGGGAUAUCAAUGAUGGAAGCAUGGAGAAAACAGAUGGGAAUGGUUCAAUUGCCACUCUGCUUAGCCAGCUGCCACAAACCCCUCCAUUGCAGCAACAGACAGUGCUGGGAUCAAUUGGAGAUGGGAUUUUUCGGCCUCUAUACCAACUUCCAGGGUUGAACUGGUACUCGUAAUUCAAUUCCAAGUAGUGGGUAUUCCAUAGAUAUACCAUCUAUGCCUUAAAGAAAAAGUUCAAAAUCAAAAUUUUCAAGUAGCUUGGAAGCUAUCAGUGUCAUGUGACAUACUUGUUGAUACAGUCACCAAUAGUGAUGAAGCAUUUGGAUUGGGAUAAAUUUCGAGAUUUUGAAUGUUAGGGAAGAUGUUAGAAAACAGUACUUCACUAGAUGAGCCAGGCCUCAAUGUUUCUUUGAGUGUUAUAGGUAGCUGCCAAAAUUUUAUCUCUUGAGGCCAUAGACAUAGGUAAAUUUUAUAAUAUAUAGUUAUAUAUAUAUAAAUACAUAUAUAUAUAUAUAUGUAUAUAGUUUGUUGUUUAUUAUGUAUAGAUGCAAAGAAGAAAAAAAGAAAAGGGGGAAAUGAGGAAGGUGGAAACUUGCUGUAGAAAAAAAAAAUAAAACUAAUGGAAUGAUGAUUAUAAAAUAUUUUGCUCUAGGAAAUAUACAAUAUUGAAAUCCUAGUUGUUGUAGAA